CACGGCUCUUGCGCUCAGUACAGGCAUUACGCAUUUCCUAGAGCGCCCUAACUGUGCUGACGUCAUUGGAGCGACUGCUGCGGCAGCCAUCUUGUGGAACGGACCUGGGACGCUGCAAGAAGUGACCAAUGGGUUCCUCUAAGAAACAUAAGGAGAAGGACCGAGAUCGGGACAGCUCAUAUGGAGCUGCUGGAAGUGAAGAUCGUCACCGGGAGCAUAAGAAGCACAAGCAUAAGGAACGGGAGCGAGAGAGACGCAAAAGGUCCCGAGAAAGGGAGAAAACUCGGGACAGAGAUGGAAGAUCCAGGUCAAGUAAGGAUGCCGACUCCCGCAAGAUAAAAAAGGAGAAGGCGGAUCCUGAUUAUGAGCAAAGUCCUGCGCCCAAGUCUUCAGGCGGGGAUUCAUCAUUAACUAUCGAGGAAACAAAUAAACUUCGUGCUAAACUUGGAUUGAAGCCUCUGGAGCUGCAUGUAUCGAAAACGGAGUGCGGCACUAAAGAAGACCCAGUUGCAGCUGCUAUUAUUAACCCACUCAUUCUCAGGCAACAGCAAGAGCUCAGAGAAAAACUUGCAGCUGCCAAAGAGAAGAGAAUGCUGAACCAGAAGCUAGGGAAAAUAAAAUCCCUGGGGGAGGAUGAGCUAUGGUUAGACGAUACAGCUGCUUGGAUUGAAAGGAGUCGUAAGCUUCAAAUAGAAAAAGAUAAAGCCGAAAAAAGGGCGAAACUGCUAGCAGAAAUGGAUGAAGAAUUUGGGGUGUCCAAUCUUGUAGAGGAGGAAUUUGGGCAAAAAAAGAAUUACUCAUCUCAAGAUUUACGAGGUCUGACUGUAGAGCACAAUCUGGAAUCCUUUGUCGAAGGAAAGACUGUAAUAUUGACUCUUAAAGACAAAGGCGUUCUUGAUAAAGAUGACGCGGACGUCUUGGUUAACGUUAAUAUGAUAGACAAAGAAAAAGCAAACAAAAAUGUCGAGCUUAAAAAGAAAAGACCUGAUUAUAAACCGUAUGAGGAAGAGGAGUCUGUUGAUGACAUGGUUAUGUUCAAACACAAGUCUGUACUUUCGAAGUAUGAUGAGGAGAUAGAAGGGGAAAAGAAGAAAUCAUUCCGCUUGGAAAGUGGUGGUACAGCAGAUGGAUCCUGGGAAAAAGAACUGGAGAAUAUUCGUCAAACCCUGCACAACCAGGCACAGACACUAGACCUCCCGGCGCUGAAAAUUGCCUCCGAGUACUACACAUCAGACGAAAUGGUCUCCUUCAAGAAAACAAAGAGACGUGUGAAAAAGAUCCGUAAGAAGGAGAAAUCUCUGCCUGAUGACCUGUUGCUUAUGAAACCUGAUACCCGUGCAAGUGACCUUGGUUCAAGAUCUCGUGGACGAGGCCGAAGGCAUGUUGAUUCAGAUGAUGAAAGGCAGGAUGUGGAGAUAAAAGCGUCCAUGCCUCAGUCAGAUGAUGUACGUUUGGAGAGUAUGGACAUUAGUGACGAAGAAGUGGGUCCAGGAUCUCCAGUGAUUGUAGAGGAAGAUGACUUGGAAAUUGAGUUGCACCAACAGCUUGAAAAAAGUAGGCGUCUGAAACAAAUUCAACAGCAGAAAGACAGUAGUGAGAAGAUUGCUUCAGUGGUAAAAAAUCUCAACACUCAAAAGAGCCAAGAUGAAGAUGAAGACGAUGAUAAGAAAGGGUCCAUUGUAUUUAAUGCAACCUCCGAAUUCUGCAGAACUCUUGGGGAGAUACCAACCUAUGGUUUAGCAGGGAACAGGGAAGAUCAAGAGGAUUUAAUGGAUUUUGAGAAGGAUAAUGAGGAGUCUGAGAAUGAACACGGCGACUCUGAAGGCGAUGAAAACAUUGGUUGGAGUAUGGUGAACCUUGAUGAGGAGAAAACCCACCAAGAUUAUUCUGCGUCUUCAACCACCAUUUUGGACGAAGAGCCUAUUGUGAACAGGGGCCUAGCUGCUGCUUUACAUCUUUGUCAGAACAAAGGCUUACUGGAAACAACAGUACAAAAGGUCGCACGUAUUAAAGCCUUCACUAAAUCACUCCCGAAUGCCUUGUACUGCAUAGAAGACAAAAUGGCAAUAGAUGACAAGUACAGCAGGCGAGAGGAGUACAGAGGGUUCACACAGGACUUUAAGGAAAAGGAAGGGUACAGACCAGAUGUCAAAAUUGAGUAUGUGGAUGAAACGGGAAGGAAACUGUGUCCAAAAGAGGCUUUUAGACAACUGUCUCAUCGGUUCCAUGGUAAAGGUUCUGGUAAAAUGAAAACAGAAAAACGCAUGAAGAAACUGGAUGAGGAAGCGCUAUUAAAGAAAAUGAGCUCUAGUGACACUCCUCUUGGUACAGUAGCCCUUCUGCAGGAGAAGCAGAAAGCCCAGAAAACACCAUACAUUGUGCUCAGUGGAAGUGGAAAGAGCAUGACAGCGAACACACUUAUCAAAUGAAUGGUAAAUCACUAAGCUUCCGCAGAAGAAAAAGCCAGUUGACAGGACCAGAUGGAUAUCCUCUCCUACCCACAGUAUAGAACUAUAUUUCAAGGAUGCUGGACUGGUGUGGUUUUAGUAAUGCUGAGGACCUCUCUGAUUGGAAUGUGCUGCCGUGCAGACAGUCAUUACAGCCUGCGAAUUUGGUGGGAAUUUAUUUUUUAUUUUUAUUAUUUACUAGGCUCUGUAAGAUUGGAGUGUGCUGGAAUCCAGACAUGCUCCAGUUUUCUCCAUCAACAGGUUGUCUGUAAAUCCGCUAAUAAAAGUGUUUUAAUAUGAAACAAAGGGGUUAUCUCAUGAAUAAAAAA